AUGGCAACGACCACAACACUGUUCCGAGUGUUCUUGCGCCGUCAAACACUCGGAGCCCAAGGAUUGCGAAAUCGCUUGGCACAGCAGCAACAGCGCCGCGCCAACUCCAGUUCCGAAGUACCCAAGCCGAAGAGGGCAGAGGAUCCUAUUCCCGUGCCAAACACCAUCACCACAAUUCCGUUAUGGCAGCGUCUCGGGCCCUUGACCCGCGCCGGGGAGGGUUAUGCCCGAGCCCAGCGCAAGAGGCCUCUGACGACGCAGUUCAUCAGCUCCUUGGUCAUCUAUUUUUGCGCCGACCUCUCGGCCCAGAACAUGAGCGGCAACGACUACAACCCAGAACGGACGAUGCGCUCCCUGAUCAUUGGCGCCAUUUCUUCUAUUCCCAGUUAUAAAUGGUUCAUCUUCCUCUCCCAGAACUUCAACUAUGCCUCGAGGCUCCUCUCGCUGGCCACAAAGGUCGUGGUGAACCAGGUGUGCUUCACACCCAUAUUCAACUCGUACUUCUUCGGCAUGCAGGCGUUCCUUGCUGGCGACAACUUCGACCAAAUCAUCGACCGCAUCCGACAAUGUGUGCCCGUGAGUAUUGUUAACUCGUGCAAGCUGUGGCCUGCCGUGACGGCCUUCAGCUUCUCUUUCAUCCCGAUGGAAUACCGCAGCGUCUUCUCGGGCGUGAUUGCUGUCGGAUGGCAGACCUAUCUGAGUUUCUUGAACAGACAGGCUGAGGUCGUCGAGGAGGCAGAGGAAGUACAAGAGAGAUCGCAUGCGGUGCCGGCCAUCGCUGCUCACGAAAAUCACAACCCUCAAAACCUACCCAACGCUGAGCCAUUGAGUGCUGGCCAGGACCGGCAACUCUUCUCUGCAAUGGCGUCCAUCUGCCUGCGAUCCUGCCGCGUGCAGUCCGCCCUCCGAUCCGCCAGAAAUCCUACCACCGUCCGCCCCAGACUCCCUAGCAACAUCCCCCGACGUCAUGCUUCUACUGGCACCGGCUCCUCGACGGAAUCCCAGGCCGGUUCGGGUCUGAAAACUGGCCUGUACAGCAUUGCCCUCGUCGGUUCCCUCUACGUCUCCUAUCUCUAUGUAACCGAUACGAGGGCCUCUAUCCACGCAUUGUCACCCAUGUUGAUGCGCUUUGCAUGGAGCGACGCCGAGGACGCUCACCACGCCGGCACUGGCAUGAUGAAAACUCUCUACGAUCUCGGCCUACACAUCCGCGAACGCGAUAGAACCCUCGUCGAACACCCUGCUCUGGCGACGGAAGUCUACGGAAUGAAACUGUCCAACCCCAUCGGUAUCAGCGCCGGCCUCGACAAGCACGCCGACAUUCCGGACGCCCUCUUCGCCCUCGGUGCCGGCAUCGUUGAGGUUGGUGGCUGCACGCCCCGCCCGCAGGACGGCAACCCUCGCCCGCGUGUCUUUCGCGUUCCCAGUCUCGACGGCAUGAUCAAUCGAUACGGUCUCAACUCGCGGGGUGCCGACAGCAUGGCCAUCACCCUGAGGGAGCGCGUGCGCAAGUUCGCUCGCAAGGUUGGCGCGACGGAGCAGGAGGUUCUGGACGGCGAGGCUGGUGUCCCUGCUGGCAGUUUGCUUCCCGGCAGAUUGCUGGCUGUGCAGAUUGCCAAGAACAAGGAGACGGACCAAAAAGAUGUCAAUGCCGUUGCUCAGGACUACGUUUACUGCGUGCAACGUCUUGCCAGGUAUGCCGAUAUCCUGGUGGUCAACGUGAGCAGCCCAAACACCCCUGGUCUCCGCGACUUGCAGGCCACCGAGCCUCUGACGAGGCUGUUGGGUGCCGUGGUUCAGGAGGCUCGCAAGGUCGACCGCAAGGUCGCCCCCAAGGUCAUGGUCAAGGUCUCCCCUGACGAGGAGGAGGAUGCCCAAAUUGAGGGUAUCGUCCAGGCUGUCUGCAGCAGCGGUGUCGACGGUGUCAUCGUGGGCAACACCACCAACCGUCGCACAGGCAUCGUUCCCCAAGGCGUCAAGCUUACUGUCAAGGAGCAGAAGGCGCUGCAGGAGACGGGUGGUUACUCGGGACCCGCCAUGUACAGCAGAACCCUGGAUCUGGUCGGAAGAUAUCGCAAGAAGCUCGAUGCCCAGACCCUCCAAACCGGCUCGGCCGAGGAGGCGGCUGCUAUUCCUGAUGUUGACGGCUCCCUCUCCGGCAAGCUUCACGAUUUGAUCGAGGGCAAGGAUACACCGAGAAAGGUCAUCUUCGCGACAGGCGGCAUUACAAAUGGAGAGCAGGCGCUCAAGAUCCUCAAUGCGGGCGCCAGCGUGGCCAUGGUGUACACUGGCUUGACGUACGGUGGACCGGGAACAAUUACAAAGAUAAAACGGGAGAUCAAGGACCAGGCGUAG